GCCGGAGGAGGCAGGGAGGAUCGGGACGCAACGGCCCAACAGGGGAGCACUAUCUUGGGCUGCGGCUCCUGCUGCCGCCCGCUCCCCUCUCCCCGCUUCGCCGGCUGCCACCUCACCCCUCGCCCGCCCCUCUGGGACAGCGACCGGCUCCCGGUCCCGCCCGGCGGCCGGCGGGGGCGGAGGGCGGUCCGAGGCGCGGUGCGGAGCGCAGGCUGCCUGCCUGCCUACCUCUCCCCUUCGCACACGCUCUCAGACACGAGCAGCGAGCGGCCGAAGGCAGGUGGGGCUGCUCGCCCAUGGCUGACAGGAGCCUGAUCGAGGGCGACGAGCCCCUCCAGCACCCCGAGGAGGCUCCGGAGUGGGGCUACGAGGAAGGAGUGGAGUGGGGGCUGAUUUUCCCGGAUGCUAACGGGGAGUACCAAUCGCCUAUUAACUUGAACUCGAGGGAAGCUAAGUACGACCCUUCGCUCCUGGAAGUGCGUUUGUCGCCAAACUACGUGGUGUGCCGCGACUGCGAAGUGAUCAACGACGGGCAUUCGAUUCAGAUUGCCCUCAAGUCAAAAUCAGUGUUAACAGGGGGGCCCUUGCCUCGCGGACACGAGUUUGAGCUCCACGACGUUCGGUUUCACUGGGGGAGAGAGAACCAGCGUGGCUCUGAACACACUGUCAACUUCAAGGCCUUUCCCAUGGAGCUUCACCUAAUGCACUGGAACUCCACACUGUACAGCAGCAUUGAUGAGGCAGUGGGGAAGAAGCAUGGCAUAGCUAUUAUUGCUUUGUUUGUGCAGAUAGGAAAAGAGCAUGUAGGCCUAAAGGCUGUGACUGAAAUUCUCCAGGACAUCCAGUACAAGGGAAAGUCCAAAACAAUCCCCUGUUUUAAUCCCAACUCUUUAUUGCCAGAUCCCCUGCUGCGUGACUACUGGGUGUAUGAGGGCUCCCUCACCAUCCCCCCCUGCAGCGAAGGUGUCACCUGGAUAUUGUUCCGCUAUCCUCUGACCGUAUCCCAGAUAGAGGAAUUUCGUCGGCUGAGGACACAUGUUAAAGGUGCUGAACUUGUAGAGGGCUGUGAUGGAAUCCUAGGAGAUAACUUCAGACCAACUCAGCCACUUAGCGACAGAAUCAUCAGGGCUGCAUUUCAGUAGCAGGAGGGGAAAGACAGCAAAGCCAAAUCGUUAUUCAGAGAGGGGGAAGACAAUGCUCCCACAGUGCCCUCAGAUGAGAAAUGGAAACUUUGGAGGCUGCUGCUUCAGUUGAACCACAAAGCCUGUAUUGUUUGUCUCCAUCUAAUUCAGCCUUGAUAGACAGCUGUGACAGUUGGUCUGUCCGCACGGUCCAGUGACGUUCUGGGAAUGGGGCUGUAGGUUAGGGGAGGAGAGCAUUCAGUCUUCCAGUUCACACUGGUAACUAUUUUUAAAUGGUAAUUAUGAUUGCUGAUAGAGUUUCUUUGCCAUAGCACUCAGUAGUCACCCAUGAUCCAAAUUCUACUGAUUUUGACCUGGGCUUGAAUGUUCCUAUGUAGAAAUCCUCAUUACUGUUUCGACUGUUAGCUUGGAUGUAAUUCUGUACCAUCUCCUGUGCUGUCAGUAACCAUCUUCUGUAGAGGGGAGGUUCCUCCUGUAAAGCUAAUAAAAACAUUGUUCACAGAGA